GGGCAGAGAGAGUCCUGGAGAAAUCUCCCGGCGGCGCGGAAGAUGCGCGCCACUUCCGGCCGGGCUCCUAACAACGGGGGAGGCUGGUAACCAAGGAGGGGGGGGAUGGCGGAGCGAACGCCUGAGGCGGAGGCGGAGGCUGAGGCGGGCGCAGACAGGGAGGCGGUGGCCGAGGAGGGCGCGGCAGGCCGCAAGGUGGACCUGCGGCGCCGCAGCGGCUGGAGCGACGCCAAGCUCGCCGCCUACCUCAUCUCGCUGGAGCGCGGUCAGCGGAACGGUCGGCACGGGAAGCCUUGGGAGCAGGUCCCCAAAAAGCCAAAGAGGAAGAAAAGGCGUCGACGCAACGUGAACUGCCUAAAGAAUGUCGUGAUUUGGUACGAGGACCAUAAGCACCGCUGUCCGUAUGAGCCACACCUGGCCGAGCUGGACCCCACCUUUGGCUUAUACACCACAGCCGUGUGGCAGUGUGAAGCUGGCCACCGCUACUUUCAAGACCUGCACUCACCCCUGAAGCCACUCAGCGACUCAGACCCCGACAGUGACAAAGCGGACAAUGGCCUGGUGGCCGGCAGCUCCGACUCAUCUAGCUCCUGCUCUGGCUCUGACUCUGAGGAGCCCCCUGAAGGCCAGCCAGCCAAGGUGACAGUAGCAGCAGCGGCAGUUACCCCCACCAGCCCAGCAGGCAGCAGUGGGCUCAUCACACAAGAGGGUGUGCAUAUACCCUUUGACGUCCACCACGUGGAGAGCUUGGCCGAGCAGAGCACCACGCUGUGCCCCAACCCAGCAGGCAGCGGGCCUGAAGCCCUGGAGACGGUGGUGUGUGUGCCGGUGCCCGUGCAAGUGGGCCCGGGCCCUGGCACCCUUUUUGAGAACAUGCCCCAGGAGGCACUGGGUGAGGUGGUAGCCAGUUGUCCCAUGCCAGGCAUGGUGCCUGGCUCUCAGGUGAUCAUCAUCGCAGGCCCAGGCUAUGAUGCCCUCACGGCUGAGGGCAUCCACCUCAACAUGGCAGCAGGCAGCGGUGCCCCCAGCGGGGGCCUGGGUGAUGAGGUGCCCUGCACCAUGAUGGAGGGCGUGGCAGCCUACACACAGACGGAGCCUGAGGGCAGCCAGCCCAGCACUACAGACCCCGCUGCCAUGGCAGGCAUGGAGACCAAAAAAGAGAAGGAGGACCUGUACAUGCUCAAGAAGGAGGAGAAGGAGGAGCCGGUGGCCCCAGAGCUGGCAGAGCUGGCAGCAACAGUGCCUGAGAGUGCAGAGCCUGAGGCAGAGGCAAAUGGGGAGGAGCUGGAUGGCAGUGACAUGUCAGCCAUCAUCUACGAGAUCCCCAAGGAGCCCGAGAAGAGGCGGAGGAGCAAGCGGUCACGGGUGAUGGAUGCCGACGGCCUGCUGGAGAUGUUCCACUGUCCCUAUGAGGGCUGCAGCCAGGUGUAUGUGGCUCUCAGUAGUUUCCAGAACCAUGUCAACCUCGUGCAUCGAAAAGGGAAGACCAAAGUGUGCCCUCACCCUGGCUGCGGCAAGAAGUUCUAUUUAUCCAACCACCUACGGCGACACAUGAUCAUCCACUCAGGUGUCCGUGAAUUCACCUGUGAGACCUGUGGCAAAUCCUUCAAAAGGAAGAACCACCUGGAAGUACAUCGUCGCACGCACACUGGCGAGACACCCCUGCAGUGCGAGAUCUGCGGCUACCAGUGCCGACAGCGUGCUUCGCUCAACUGGCACAUGAAGAAGCACACGGCAGAGGUGCAGUACAAUUUCACGUGUGAGCGCUGCGGGAAGCGUUUCGAGAAGUUGGACAGCGUCAAGUUCCACACUCUCAAAAGCCACCCAGACCACAAACCUGCCUGACCCACCCAACCACUGACCAUCCCUAUUUAUUCAUUCACUCUGAUGCCACUCCUGGGCCUGCCAGGCCAGGGCAGCCACAGGGGCCACCUGGACCGCAGGCCGGAUGGUGGCACCCCUCCCCUGCCCUGCCCCAGGGCUGGCCCCCCACCCUCCCUGGAGCUGGCAGUUGAGGCUGCACUGCUGGAACUGUGUCUAGAGAACAGAGCAAGAUUAAAGAGCGAGAAAGUAGA